GUUCAUGGUAUCUACUCAGCCUUCAUUCUAGUAAGCUUUGAUCAUUUAUCAUUUUUAUAUGGGGUUUUCUUUCGCCAGUGUUGUUUAACAGUGGAAAUCCAUGGACUGUUUUAGACUUAGACUGAGGACUUUGAAAGGCAUAAUGGAAGUAGCUUCUACAAACAAACAAAGUUUUCAGCUGAGAAAAACAUUAAUCUAUUUCAUCACUAUGGUAUCUUCAGUAUCUUUAUUUCUAGUUUAUACUGUAUUAAUCCAUCAACAAAAUCCUAUUCCGGAAUAUUUGAGAACAGGAAAACCUAAGCCCAUAAAUCCCGGAAUGCAGCUAACAAUCAUUUCCGCCUAUUGGGAUAUCGGUAGAUUUCAAAAAGGAAGUCAUCUUAAUUUUUCUUCUUUAAAUUAUGAGGAAUGGGCUUCAGUAUUUUACUCCCUUAUGAAUCCUUUAAUUAUAUACACUGAUUCAAUAGACUUUAAAAACAUUAUGGAGAAUUUAAGGCGGAACAAGACGGAAAUUACAAAAAUCAUUUAUAUGAAGAGGUCAGAUUUCUGGCCCUUUCGAUUGACAACAGAAAUCCAGUCGGUGUUUGAUCAACCGGAAUAUCCCAAGUACCAUCCAAAUACAGUUCUAGCAGAGUAUUCUGCUAUCCAGCACGCAAAAUAUGCUGCAGUGGGUGAUGCUAUUCGUUCAAAUAUAUUUGAAAGUGAAUAUUAUGCAUGGUUAGAUAUUGGUUAUUUCCGGGAUAUUGUUAAUGAUAAAAGAUAUUUUAUAUUAACUCCUCCCGAAAACCACAAUAAAAGUUUACUUGCAAUGAAUGAAGUUUAUUCACCAAAUCUUAAUUCAACCCCAGAAGAAAUAUUUAAAGAAAAUGCAGUUUGGGUUGGAGGAGGAAUGUUUAUAGGAACCAAAAAAGUACAAUUAGCAUUUGAAAAGUUAUAUAAGAGGGCUGUUUUACAUUUUCUAGAGAGAAAACUAAUGAACUCAGAUCAGCAGGUUAUAUAUGCAAUAUAUUCGAUGGAGGGAAGGAGAUCGUUUAACCCAGAUGUUGAGCUGCAACUAUAUAGUAUUAAGGACAAUACAACUGUAACCACUGGUAAUCCGUGGUUUUACUUAGGUUUUCUAUGUAGACAUGUCAUGACCAAUAUCUCGCUUUCGUCACAGUGAUUGUCAAUAGAGGUCUAGCUUUCUCCCCCCCCCCUCUCUCUCUCUCUCUCUCCAUUUCAUAAUUUUUUAACAAAUUAUUGUCCAUGUGAUUAAUAAUGUAUACUGUUACUUCAAGCAUACAAUAAAGAUGAUUUUCUUUGAACAAUUUUUCAUUGUUAGAAAAAAUAAAACUGGGAUUGGAUACUCGAUUAGAUACGAUCAUUGAAAUACACAUCAUAUACAGGUUAAAGACAUUUACAAGGCAGCUAUAUAAUCAAUAUGAUUUUUGCAUUAUAAACAGUUUUUGGGUGGAAUGUCCUUUUAAUAAAAGAGAAAACGUCUGCAGAUAAUUAUCUCACUUUAUUUCUGUAACCUCACAAUUAUUAAUGCAUUUGGCAACAAGACAGGCGGUGAUUGGUCUCAAUUUAUGUUGGAAGGCGAUACUUUUUUAAAUUUACAUAAUUAAAGAAAAAUCAAAUUUGAAGGGAUCGAACGAAAUCCCAACUUUUGGCAGAGCGCCAAAAAGAAAAGAAAACUUUUACAAAAAAAUACAAGGAACCAAAUACAUUGAGCAAGUUUUUAUGAGGCAAUAUAUAUGCCCCUCUCCCACAUGGAUUAAUUUGUUUCUUAUAUAGCAAAAUAGUAUGUACUGGUAAAGUACAUGAACAAUAUGUGCCAGAGAAUUUUUGUUUUUUUAACAAAGUGUUCUGGUGAGUCCAAUUAACCUUUAUAUUACGUAGUAGCUAAUUUUAAAAUCAGAAAGACAUUUUUUGAAAAUUUUAAAUGUCAAAGUAUGUUUUGCAUGCAAAACCCUCAAUAUGUUAUGAUAAAAAAAAUAACUUGUUGAUUGAAGCAAGAAGCAAUUUGUGUGACAAGCCAAUACAACAAAGUGUUAUGCUGAAAUAAAAAUCACUGCUUCAUUAUGUUU